AUGGUAGUGGCUCCGGGAUUUGCGGAGGUUUUCUCGGCUGGAUUAGAUUCUAGAGUACCAGGGAUGGAUUCCCAUGGAACAAGCCUGGUGGUUAAUACUGAACAACCACAAGAUGAUGUGAUUGCUAAAAGAUGCAGCGUGCUAGAGAAAAGACUCAAGGCCAUAGAAGGACAAGAUACUGUUGAACUGAAUGCCUUAAACACGUGUUUGGUACCUGGCCUGGUUAUACCUGCAAAAUUCAAAGUACUGGAAUUCGAGAAGUACAAAGGGGAUAGCUGUCCAAAGCACCAUUUGGUGAUUUUCUGUCGAAAAAUGACUUCUUAUGCUCACAAUGAUAAGCUAAUGAUCCACUAUUUUAAAGAUAAUUUGACUGGGGCAUCGAUGAACUGGUACAUGAAGUUAGAAAGGAAUCAUAUUCAGUCAUGGUUGGACUUAGCUAAUGCUUUUUUGAAGCAGUAUAAAUACAAUUUGGACAUGGCCCCCGAUCGUAUGCAGUUGAGAGCCUUAUCUCAGGAAAGCAACGAAUCCUUCAGAGGGCAUGCCCAAAGAUGGAGAGAGUUAGCAGGUUACAUUGAACCACCACUCUUAGAGAAAGAAUUAAUGGACUCAUUCAAAGAUACCUUACAAAGUCCUUACUUCGAAAGGACGAUUAGUAGUGCAGCAUCAGACUUAGCUCACUUGGUGUCAAUCGGAGAACGCAUCGAGUUUGGCCUUAAAAGUGGAAAAAUCCAAUGCGCCUCGAGUACCCAGAGCGUUGAGAGUAAAUAUAUUGUCAAUUCCCAAGUGGAAGAAGAGGAUGAAGUUAAUGCAGUAUGA